AAAAAAAUUAAUGGUAUUUCAUUUAAAUGUCUUGUAUACAUCUAACUGUUUGAAUGAUGGUUUUGGGUCUUUAUUUAGGUGUAAAUUUCAUGUAGAUUGGUGAGUAUACCACAAUGACUUCUCUGACCGUGAAGUUUAGUAACGUGGAUGUGAAUCCUGUUUGAUUCAUCAAUUCCAUCUUGAUUACAGACGAGUUUUAAAAAGGAGUGUCAACCAGGAUGCAGCUUAUGCAUAUGACAUACCACUGAAUAGGUCUGACCAACUAAUAUCAAACACAGCUGUAGACAUUUGAUAAACGUGAAGUCUAUUCAUAGGAGUGUCAUAGUCACUAUCUUUAAAAUAACGUGAAAAGGAUGGGAACGAAAGAUUUCAUUCUAAUUCUUGGAGGUUUGUGUAAGUAGAUUGAAAAUCGAUAUAUCCUCUUUCUGUCUUCUACUAAAUAAUUCCAGAUAAUUUCAGAAAUCCUUAAUUUAUUUAAUGCAUAGUUUAAUAUGAAUAAUCUGACGAAAAAUGUACUUAUUUAUCCUAAAAAAUUGGGAUUUUCAAAAAUAAAAUUUAGUUUGCUACAAUAAUUCCGCUUAUACAUAUAUAAAUACGGGAUGGGGACGCUAACCCCAUGCCCAACCCUCUUCCUUUACCCGGGCUUGAGACCGGCAGUAACUCUAGAAGAGCUACAGGCGGAGUUCAUAGGGACUUUACAGAUUUUAUUUAUAUUAUGUUGAGAACAUUUUUAUUUAUUUAUCCAUCUCACUGCUGCUAGAAGCUUUUAUGAAGAUCAAUUUAUUCUUUGCCUUGACAGUAAAGUUAAUCAUUGAAAAAAUAAUUACAUAUAGAAUAUUAAACCGUAAACCUAAUUGCUAAAGUAUUAAGCUGACAAAUCAAAUUUCAUGUUAUGCUCAUUAGAUCAGUAUAUUUAAUAAUCUAUUUUUUGACCUAUUGUUGUUGUUUAUUAUUGAUCUUAUAACCACGAGUAAAAUUAUCGCGUGGACAUGUUUUUGCUUUACUGAAUUCUGAUUGGUUAAUAGCAAUAAAAAAUCCCUAGGUAUUUGAUUGGUUGGUUUAUUUUAGUUUAGAAAGCGUAUUAAAAGGGUAAUCGGUUUAGUUGAAUAAAUUUCAUAUCCGAUUAACUUGUAUGCAGUUUAAAACACGAUUACUUUUAUAUUAAACAUUUUAAAAAAUAAUGGAAUCUUCACCGCCGGUAUUAUUGAAUGCUUUACGGCCACUUAAAACAAAUAGACCAAGACCACGAAUGAGAUUAACAUCUAUACGCCAAACACCACAACGUGUUCUAGCUGCUAAACUUGACGUAAAUAUCAAUCAGAACUUAAAUCCUGUCAUCUGUCCUGAAACUCAAAAGACACCACAAGUAGACUAUAAAUCAGAUGUUCCUUCUUCAAAAUUAACAAGAUUUGUAAAACGAUUUAGUACAACUUUUCUUCCCGCUGAACAUCCAGUAUCUGAUAUGAAUAAAUCAGAGAAGAAUAUUAAUCCUCAAUUUGAUUUUAAUCAGUGGAAAAGACGGAGGUCUAUACUAAAUUAUCGAGACCGAUCACCAUUACAUAUCGACCAACAUGUACAACCAACUGAUGGAAUGAUUGAUACAAAUACUGAUCAAGUUGAUAAAAGAAUUACAGUUUUCUCAGAUUUAUCUAACGUAAUUGAAUCAAAUCAAACAACCACUUGUACUAAACGUAAAAGCAGUCUUACAAGAUGGUUUGAAAAGAAUGUUAAACAUCCGCGAAGAUCAUUACCUCGUAGAUCCCUAACAACUGAUUGUACAGCACCAGUUAUCACUAACAGGUCAUCAAUACCUGAAAAAACGCAACAAGAAUGUUUGUAUAAUCAAAUUACCCAGCAGACAAUUACACCUUAUGCUAAAGUUUUUAAAUCCCGUCGCAGUCUAUUGAGACAUAGAUGUAUUUCAAAUCAUCCUAUUAUAACAUCGAAAUCUCAGGAAAGUAAGACACCUGGGAACUUUCUAUCACAUGCUGUUGAUCAUACAAGUAACUGUAACAAUCGUGAUUCUGGAGAUGAAACUAAUGAGAAAGUUAUUGUUUUGAAGAGUAACAAUGUAGAAGAUUUCAAAAUCAAUGAAACUAAAUCUGUUCAUAAAAACGCCUUUGAUUCUGAAAAAUGUCUGAGUGAAGCAGAUGAACCUUGGUUUAUCAUCCCACCUACUGGUAUCGAUGGUCCGUGUUCUCAAAAUCAAAACAGUACUUAUUCAAGUAUCAGUUCGAUUGUUUCGGAUUUCACGAGCAUGAGUCAAUCUGUUGGCAAGAGUACUGGAUCUCACAAGUCCCUGAUAAGUACAUUCUAUACUCCGACAAUGAAACGUCGGCACAGACUACCUAUUCCUUCAGAAUUUCUUAAUCCUACUUCCUCAGGACCUGUGAUUUACAAAUCAGCCACACGAUCCUCGAUGACGAAUAUGUAUUCAGAAUUGAAUAAAUCAAGUGAUCAAGACUCAGGUCUUUCAUCACAGCUAAGUACUACAUUUCAAGGUGCAGAUGUGGAAACUCAAAAUGGAGAUUUAAGGGAACAUAGAAAUCUAGUAGGAUCUUCAUCAUCGGCAAGUUGGGCAACUACUUUACGUCAGUCUAUGAAACGAGCGAAUAAUAAACGUACUUUAUUGGCAGGUUGCACUUUAUUUAAUAGGAACCCAGUCGAAGGACUCAAUUACCUUAUUAGAAAUUAUAUUUUAUUGUCUGAUCCCAUUAAAAUUGCUCAAUUCUUAUUCCAUGAACCAAAUCUCAAUCGCCAAGCUAUUGGAGAGUACUUUGGUCUACUUGACAACACAUUGGCAACGAAAGUUUUGAGGGAAUUCUUAUUGCUGAUCAAUAUGAAGAAUAUGGAGGUAGAUGUUGCCUUGCGUUCAGUUAUCGGACAUUUUCAUCCUUCAGGUGAAUCUCAAAAAAUUGCUUAUCUAAUGCGAAUAUUUCAUGAAGUAUAUAUUAUUCAAAAUUCAGAUCGUGUCCGAAAAAAUUUUCAUAGUCCUGAAACAGUGGAAGUCUUAGCUUAUUCAGUGCUUUUGUUACACACAGAUCUUCAUAAUCCUAAUGUUGGAAAAUUGGGCAAACGGAUGACUAAACAAGGCUUUAUUAACAAUAAUCGUGGAAUUGAUUGUGAUCAUGAUGUGCCUACAGAUUUACUGGAAGGUAUUUAUGAUCGUAUAGCUGCUUCCGAAUUUAAGACACUACCAGAUCCAUCAGAUAAACUUCGUGCUUUGGAUGGAGUUUUGGUUGGUCCUUUGAAAACAGACAACUUUGUACAACGACAUCGUCGUUUCAUUGGCAGGAUUCUGACCCAAGAAAUUGAAAAAAUUGCUCCUCGAAAAUUACCGGGUAGAAAUAAUGCUCGAUGGCGCCACGUAUUAAUAUUUAACGAUAUAUUGGUGGUUGUUAAAUCGUUGAAUACAACCCGUUUACGAUCUGGUUCCCUUAUAAAUUCUGUCGCAGCAGUUGCUUUUGGAGACCAAAAUGCUACUCGUCAUUAUACACCAAGGAAUUCCGUAUCUAGAGAUGAUGGUAGUUGUAGUCCUUUCGGCCCGGUUCAAGAUGUAACACAAAAGGUGUUCUGUUCAACUGAGCCAUUUCCUGGGGAUACAACUUUUCAAGUUCGAAGUGUCUAUCCAUUCCUUGAUCUUCGAGUGUUGGUCUUUGAAUCGAAUUAUUAUCGAUACGGAGUUCAACUGUGUAAUUCUAAUGGCCCUGUAAUUAGUUUAAGUAUGCCAUCUGAAGCUUGUCGUCGUCAAUUCAUCGAUUGGGUGUACGGAUCCAUUGCUGAAAUGGAGGAAUUACAGCAACAUCAACAAAUUAAGAAAAGUGAAUGUGAACGAACUAUCAUUGUUAAUUGUAAACGAAACUCAGCGAAUACUACCGCUAAUGGUACUACUUCUAUUAAUAAUGGCGAUAGAUGUGUCAUGCCUUCCUCAAGAGUAACUGAAAAAGUUAUAUUAUUUAAUGCCUAAUUAUUAUUCUCAUUAUUACUAACCAGCAUUAUUGUUGAAACUGCAGAUAAACAGAAUAUCAUUGAUUUACAUUUUUCUUUUGUAUUUGAGUUCACAGAAUAUUUCAGUUGAAUUCCUUUUUUCACUUUGUAAUUUCUAUUUCAUUGUACAAGAGCAAAUAGCAGUCUAUACAUAAAGAUGAUUCUUUUCAUUGUUUCAAUGUGUAAUUUUGACGUUGAUUGCUCAUUCAACCCCUCAGAUCAUUCAAAGUGAAUGUAUACUUGGAAUCUCUCUUCCCCCUUUCUGUGAUACUUUAAUUAAUUGAACGUAUAAACAUAAACGUAUACCACAAAACAUAAAUUUAUAGAUAUCUACAUAAAAAUAGAUUAUUCCUUUUAAUUUUUAAUGCUUAAAUUUUGUUGAUUCACUCAUUGUCCCAUAUCAGAUUAUAGAGGUAGAUAAAAUUUUCAAAGUUUAUGAGUAUUAUUAUUAUUAUUGUUAUUACAUAACAGUUAUGUUCACUUGUUUAUUCACCUCUUAUUUACUAGAAUCUCCAGACAAAUUAGACUAGUUUAUUAUUCAUUUGAAUAUGAUAAUUCAUAUAUGUAUCAUAUGCCCCAGUUUAUAAUCGCAUUUGUUUAUAGAAUACUUCUACUUAUUUGUAUUGGUUUCUCUUGCUUUUUCAUCCUUUUCAGUUUAACCUCAUUUAUGUGAAUAUUGAAUAUUUGUACAUUUUUAUAAACAUUUCUUUUUCCAUUACUGUAUAGAUUCAUUGUUUGUAUAAAAAAUAUGAGACUAUUUUCUGCUUUAAAAUUUGUUCGCUUAAAUACAUCUAAUCUCAUU